CCCAUCGCUCCCCACUUCUGUUCGCUGCCACCGCUAAUGCAGAUACUUGCUCCGUCGUCUGUGCCGAUUGCACUCGCCGAGCCACGGUAAUGGCCGAAUCAAGAGAGAACCCAAGUACCAACGAAGGAGGAGGGAGCGAAGAAGACGACGAUUACAUGGGAGACCUGUCUGUGUUUCUUCCUCCUGAAGAUUCGAACCCUCCUAAAUUCGCUUCGAAAAAGACUCCCAAAGGCGAAACUCCAACAGUUCAAUAUUCCAAGAAGUCUAAAACUCUUAACUGGCAACAACAGCGGCAACUUAGCAGAGAGAGACGGCAACAAGAAGAGGACGAGCAGACCUUGGCAAAGAUAGAGGCUCCGAUUCCAGAAACUAACAUUGGCUUCAAGUUGCUAAAGCAAAUGGGCUACACUCCUGGUUCAGCCCUUGGCAAGGAGGGUUCUGGCCUCGCUGAGCCUGUGGGGCUUGAGAUUAGGCGGACACGAGUUGGGAUAGGAAGAGAAGAUCCACAUAGGGAAAAGAGGAAGAGAGAGGAGAUUGAAGCAGAGAUGAAUAGGAGGAAUGAGGAGGCUUUAAUGACUGAGUUUGGUUCUAGGCAAAAGUCACAAUGGCGGAGUCGGAGAGUUGUAGUGAAUUUCAAGAAGGCAAAGGCAGCCCUUGAUCAACUAGAGAACAAAGAGGUUGAGCUUCCAAAGAAGAACGAGGAUGAUGAAGAUGGUGAACAAGGGAAAGAGGAAGAGGAAGAAGAAGAGAUAACGGAAGAGGACUUGCUGGAAAUAUUGAUGAAGUUGAGAGAUGAGUUUCAAUAUUGCCUCUUCUGUGGAGUCCAGUAUGAAUCGAUGGAAGCUCUAUUGUCCAGCUGCCCUGGGACAGAUGAAGAUGACCACUAGAAAAUCUGUUUGUUUUCAGUAUUCACAUAUUUAAGCUCCUUUGUCCAACGUCCCGGGGAUAGAGGAAGAUGAUGAUCACGAGAACGUUUUGAGCGUUAUGCUGCUUGUAUCCUGCGAUAGGUGAAUGCAGUGCUAAUUUUUGGAAAGCGCAUCGUCUUACAAGUAGAAGGUGGGAGGAGCAAUCGGGGUGAGUUGUGAUGUAUAACAGUUCUCAUCAAAUAUUAAGAACUCUAGAUAGUAGUUGUACACUGGAAAUAACUGAUUAGAAAGGUUAGUAUGUGUAUCGAGGCAGGCGUAUGCAUUUAUCAGAUGCAUAAUUCUAACACCAUUAACUGCAGACAACAGGCUAUUCUGUGGCUUUCAUAACAUUAUCUUUCUCGAAAGAGAAAUAAUUUGUGUUUCUAUAUACAGCCUACAAAUCUUAAAAUGGGUCAAUGUUUCGUUUUUCAACA